AUGGGACUUGGACGUGCAGGUAAUGAUGAGAACCGGCAGCACCUGUUUUUCGAUUGCUCCUUUAGUAAUCAGAUUUGGAUGUUCUUUAUUUCUCGGAUGCAGCUUACUCCUCCACAGGGGUUUGAUGAAGUGUUGAGAUGGCUGAAAGAUCCAUCAAGAGACAAGAAUGUGAUCCUGAUUAUUAGACUCAUUCACCAAGCUGUAGUCUACUUGGUUUGGAAAGAGAGAAACAAGCGUAUUCACACAGCUGAGGUGAAGCCAGCAGGGACUCUGAUUGCAGAAAUUCAGCAGACUGUUAAGCUCCGUUUAGAUCCGUUGGCUCGCAGACAGUUAACUCCAGCAGGACAGGACUCUGUGCUUGCUACUUGGAUGUCCUUCUUCUCAGUCUAA